AUGGACAUAAAAGAAGGUACCAUCAUUCACAGUGCAAAAGAGUCUUAUCAGUUAAGAGAAUUCCUGGAUGAAGGGGCUUUUGGAACGGUGAUGAAAGGUAAAAAGUUAGAAACAAAUGAGGAUGUGGCAAUUAAAAUAUUCAAGAAUAACAACAAGGACAUACUUUCACUGGAAUUCAAUGCAUUGAAGAGAAUUCAGAGGAUCGAUGCUGACAAAUAUAACUUGGUGAAGUGCAUUGAGAGAUUUGGUUAUAGACGCAAAGUAUUUAUAGUUUUUGAAAUGCUGGAUCAAAGUCUGCAUGAUUUUAUGCGUAAAAGAGACGGCUCUCCUUUGAGUAUGUCUGAAAUCAAAACCAUUUCUUGGCAGCUUCUGGUUGCCCUGAAAGGCUUGAAGAGCAUUGGUUUGGUCCACACUGACAUUAAACCAGAUAAUAUCAUGUUGGUUGACAGCAAGUCACAACCUCUUCGGGUAAAAUUGAUCGACUUUGGUUUAUCAUUAAAACUGGACGAUUUAAUAACAGGAAGCAUUUUUCAGACCAUGCCCUACAGAGCUCCUGAAGUCAGGCUGGGUCUCCCAUUAAAUGAAGCCAUCGAUAUGUGGGCACUUGGACACAUUUUAACUUUACUGUUAACAGGAUCAUCAUUGUAUCCAUGUGAUAAUGAUUUUAACAUAAUCCGAGCCAUGGUGAGAAUGCAGGGCAUGCCUGACAGUUCCCUUUUAGAAAAGGCACUCUACUCUUACAACUUUUUUACAGAGUAUGAAAAAGGCGUCUGGGAACUUGAUUCACCUGUAGAAUAUGCGAAAAAAACUGGGAAAAAGUUAAAAUUGAACAUAAGUAAAAAUUAUGCCACCUUUGAUGAAUUUAUACAAAAACGUAACGAUCCCUCUGACGCAGAACAAGUGGAGCUGUUUGUUAACCUUCUUGAACAGAUGCUGCUCAUCGAUCCAGAUAGACGCAUCACUGUGGAGGAAGCUCUCAAACAUCCUUUUUUUGCUGAGAAUAAUGAUGAUAAUAAAAGAAUUGGGGAAAAGGUCAGUGGUAUUGCAUACACUGCUCCAGCCCAAGACUGCAUCCAUAAGCAAGAUGAAAAAAUAUUUGAAAAAGAUUCCUCAGUGGAACAUAUAAACACAACUAAAGACAAAAUCCCCAACUGUAAGGAAGAUUUCCUGUCGCCCUCUGUACUAGAGAUUUUAAAGCCCCAAAAGACAUUUUUUAGGAAGGUUAUAGAUUUCAUUUACAACCCUUUUGAUUUUUAGAUUUCAUCCACAAAGAAUAUUUUUUGUGGGCUUUCCUCAGUGAUAGUUUGAAAUGUUUUUUUUACUGUUUGUUUUUUCUUUGCUGCUGGCAUUACACGAAAUUUAGAUACUGUAGGUAGUACUUUUGUACCACAAUGGAUUCAUUUUAGAGAUUAAGCAAAGUAUUUCAAAAAAAAAGCUGCCAUCCAGACAGGAAGUGGUAAAAAUAUUCAUAAUUGUAUAUCGUUUUUUUCUGUUAUUGUAUCAUAAACUGUUCAAGUCAUGUUUAAAAACCAGUUGCCAGCAGUAGUAAAUAUACAUAAAGAAAAGGGGGUCAGCUCCCCAAAGUAGAUCUAAAAUAUAGCAAAAGAUGAUGGAUUUUUUUACUUGUGUUGUUUUAAAAUAUUAGUAGCUGUAUUCAUAAUAUAGAUGUAUGUAAUACAUACAUCUAAAAAUAAGCAAAUAAAUAUGUAAAAUUAUAUUAAAUAAAAAAUAAAAAAUAAAUGUAGAUUUUUGUUUGUUUUUUUUCUGCUGCUGCUGACAUUACACUAAAUCAACUAUCUUCUACUAACUUCAAAGCCAAAAUAGUGAGAAGCUUGAGUGUGUCAGUGUGCAGCACUGAACUCUAGAAAAGACAAACCGCUGGGCUCAAA